CCUCGACUCCGGGCGGCACGAACGCCGCUCUCGCCCUCUUCGCGGCUCGGGACGUCGUCUACCUGCAAGGCCGCAACGACACGUGCGACUGCAACCCGACGACCGCCGGCUGCGGCUGCCUCUCGCACGGGCUCGAGACAACGUGCGCGGAUGAGCUCAUGGGGCGCUUCCGGCUGAUGCGCGGCCGCCUCUACUACGCGCAGCUGCAGGCGCACUUCAACGCCUCGCCGGCUGUGCACUCGAUGGUCGAGGUGCCCAAUGUCGGACACGACCACACGCUCAUGUGGCAGUCGACCCAAGGGCUCGACGCCAUCUUUCGGUGGUGA